UGGGUCAAGGAGACCAUCAUCUGUGCCCGAGCGUUAGUGCGAUUUAUUAAAUCACACGACGCUGUGUUCGUCCUUUUCAAGAGGAUGAGCCCUCGUUUCACGCUGGUUGAGCCCGUUGACACCCGGUUUGCAUCAGUUUUCCUGAUGCUGACGUGUCUCAAAGGUCGGCGGGACUCGUUAGAGAGCACGCUGCAUGGCGACGCGUGGGCUCGCAUCCCGUGGGAGCGCAGGCUUGUCUCCCAGGCACAGUGGGUUCAGCAGCAGAUCCGCGACAGCGAGUUCUGGCGAUGCGUUGACUGUGCCUUCCGCGUUAUGUUGCCCAUCCACCAGCUCUUGAGGAGGAUGGAUAGAGGGGGGAUGAUGAUGUCCAUCGUUUACGAGUGGAGUCAGCAUCUUCUCGAGUUGAUGAGGAAGGUGGAUGUGCCGGCGGAGAUAGUCGAGCCGUGCGUGCGCGAGGUUGCCGUCCCCAACCUCCACAUGCUCGAGCUCGCACAUGCUGCGGCACACCUCCUCAACCCUCGCCGCCUGUCCUUCCGAUAUUAUGAGUCGUUGCAGACGACCACCGACGACGCCCGUGUGGUCGAGGAGUGCGACAGAUUUCUGCUCGCGCAGACUGGCGACGAUCCGGUCGGCAGACUGUACAGGACACUGUCCGAUGCCGAGGCCGACGACUGUCGGGGGGACCGCGAGACUGAGCGUUGUGCCCAGUGGUGGUUUGAUCACGGACGUCAUCACCGUGAGUUGCGCACCAUCGCCAUCCGUGUGAUGCACUUGUGGACGUCUGCCUCUCCUACGAAGAGGAACUGGGUGCAGCACGAGUGCAUCAACACGGCGAGGCGCCACAAGCUUGGCUUUGCCAAGCUUGCACAACUGGUUGAGAUUGCCACCAAUCUCAAACUGGACGGGUGCGCACAACAGGGUAGUGGCUACGUGUUGCCCUGGGUUAUGGGGACCGGUCAGGAGGAGACCGCGGAAGGACAGAAGGACGACGAGGGGGACGUGGACCCUGAGGUGUGGGGAGCGCGAUCUGCUGGCAGUUUCAGCGAGCAAGACAUCGAGCGCCAGGUCGUCGCUUUCCAUGCUUGUCGACCGUCCAGAGCCGACCCGGUUGAGGACGUUUUCGGCAAGAGGGCGGUGGAGCUACGGCCGUGGCCGGAGCAGACGUCGGACGCUGAUGUGGAUGGCGACACGUCGGACGACGAGUGGACGGACGAUGACGACGCUCCCGUCAGCGGCGACGCGACGACGGAGCGGGUCUAUUUCACGUACGGUGGAGGACCUGACGGCAUGACUCCACACACAUCCGUCAUCACUGACGAUGUGCCGUCCGGUGGUCAGGCUAGUGACACCGGCAGAGCCGGUGGUCGUCGUCGUCGACGACCACGUGCCGAUGAGCACGUGGAGGAGCAGGAGCCGCUCCGAGGCCUUCGGCGACGUGGGUUUUGGUCGAGAGUUGAUGCGGGGGCGGCCCGACAGGGUGUCCCCAUGGGUGUUGAGGGAGAUGGUGUCCCCACGGGUGUUGAGGGAGAUGGUGGCGACGAGGACGAGGACGAAGACGAGGAGGGGUCCGACCACGGAGACGACCACGGCGACGACGGCGGCGACCACGGCGACGGUGGCAACGACGGCGACGACGGCAACCACGACGAUGACCACGGCGACGACGGCGGCGACGACGAUGAGGGUAGGCUGGCUUUGGUCUUGAGGGACCCGUCAGUGCCUUCACUACCUCUCACACGGCCCGAGGCCUUCGCUCAGGCAGGUUUUGAUGUCGACGAUUUGGCGCGACUCGGUUCACAUGACCCUUUCCCCCCCACGGGCCGCAGGAGCGGCGAGAGGUGCCCUCCUGGAGGGGCAUAUUCGCCCCCGCCCUACAUCGUGGAUAGCCCUAGAUGGUCAGGUUCUUCGCUCAGCGGCAUUAGAGGGAGGGAGUCCGGGCCGGUUGAUGGCGGGUCGGGACGCCGCAGUGACAGCGGCGGAUCUGCAGGAUCGAUGCCUCCGCCAUCCGCACGGAGCACGGAGGGCGGCGCCGACGGAACUACUGCUCGUGCGCCCAUUGCCGGUUCCUCGCCGCCUGUCGCAGGUGGUGUUGUCGGCGGAUGGGCAGCUCAUCGCCGGGUCUCGGACCGGAUGAGGGUGGAUUACGACGUCGGGAGGGGCGCCUUCACAGGACGUUUGUCACCUCGGUUUCAGGUUGUGUGCAGCAGCGAGGGUGGCUUCGGACGUCCGAGUCUUCACAUGGCAGGCCGCAUGCUCGGUUUGUCUCGAUCAGCGACGAGGAGAGUUUUGAUGCCACCGCCGAUUCCGGCCCGAGGGACAACUACGGACAUGCAGCAGGGUUAGCACUACACAUCCGACGAGGAGGGGUUGUUGAUGCGGAGUGGGAGUAGACGACACAACGCCGUCAGUGAGGCUCGACUCG